GUCUUAAAAAAUAGAAAGCCAACAUUAGUACAAAAAGAAAUUAUGGCUGAAGCAGUAAUUAACCUAAAGAAGCUACAAUUCACUCAUAUAAUUGAGAAACAAGCAAUCUAUAUAAUUAAUAGUGUUAUUACUCCUCGCCUUCUAUACCAACUAUACUCUUUCUUUCUAUCAGCUGCACAAACAAAUACUCUUAACAAAACCUAUAUUCAACUAAUCAAAAAUAAAGCAAAACUAGCACGAGGAGUUCCUAACUCCUUUAUAUUCAACCCAGACAUUUAUGCAAUAAACAACUUAGCUCAAGCCCAGCUUUCAUCAUUAGUACUGACACUUCAAAAAACUUAA